GGGCGGGGGAAGGGGACGCCCCAGUGGCGGCCGGUGCUGGGAGGGCUCGCCGCCUGCUUCCGCCGCCGGGGGGGUUUCCCCUGGGCCGGCGCCCGGGGAAGUCCCUGUACCCGCGGGUACAAGAGCGCGGCGCGGCCCCAGCGCGCCACAGGCCAGUAGCCCCCCAGCCAUGUCGCGCGGCCUCCAGCUCCUGCUCCUGAGCUGCGCCUGCAGCCUGACGCCCGCAGCGCGGGAAAUGAAGGUGGCUUGUUCAGAGAACGUGGACUUGCCUUGUACCGCCCUCCGGGACCCGCAGGUCCCCUACUCUGUCUCCUGGGCCAAGCUUACGGAGGGCAGUGAAGAGUGGAUCAAGGUUCCCCAGGAAGACCUGCAGAGCUAUCACCAGGAGGAGCAGAACGGCUCUUUCGAGGCCCCCAGUGAAAGGCUGUAUUCCCUGAAGAUCCGAAACACUACCAGCUGCAGCUCGGGGACAUACAGAUGUACUCUGGUGGGGCCGGAAGGGCAGAGAAACCAGAGUGGCACAGUGAUCUUGAAAGUGACAGGAUGCCAGAAGGAGCGCAAAGUGACUUUUAAGAAAUACAGAGCUGAGAUUGUACUGCUGUUGGUCCUGGUGGUUUUCUACUUAACACUCAUCAUUUUCACUUUUUUUGCACGACAACAGAGCAUGUUUCCAGAUUUUUCUAAACCUAGCAUGGAACGAGCUUUACUUCCUGUCACCUCCCCAAACAAGCAUUUGGAGCUAGCGACUCUUCACAAAACAGAAGUGGUGUGA